AUGUCGUUUCGCAAGCGCAACAUUGGUGUACAGAGAUCUCCGGCCGCGUCAUCCCCAGCAGAUGCUUCAGUAGAGACACACGCCGGACCAACAGCUACCGCCUCUGGCAUCCGCCCCUCGCCUUUGACAGGACAGCCAACGACGUCCACAGGAGCCUACUCGUUGGACAGUCUACUAGGAGGUCAUGCAGGUCUGGCGCUAGGCUCGUCGCUGCUUGUUGAAGAGAGUGGAACUACAGACUUUGCCGGCGCUCUGUUGCGAUACUAUGCUGCUGAGGGCAUCAUCCAGAGUCACACUGUGCAUCUUGUGGGUGCUGGCGAGCAAUGGAUCAAGGACCUGCCAGGCUUGGUAGGAGAUGCUGAAGCUGCAGAGGCUCAGAAGCAAGCAAAGAGUGACGAAAAGAAGAUGAAGAUCGCUUGGAGAUAUGAAAGGCUGGGUCAAGUAGAUGCCGAUCGAGGCAGUAGAGUCGUCCCUCAACGUGGUCCAGCCCCCGUCCAGACAUCUGAUCACCAAGAUGAACAACAAUCGCUAGCCUUCUGCCACACUUUUGAUCUUGCAAAGCGUCUUGCUGUUCCGGCCGAAGCUGACAUCAACCAUAUCGCCAUUUCACUUCAAUCGCCCUUGCUGGCUAUUCUGCAAAAUGUUGCCCAGCGAUUGAGCACCUCUCAGCCUCACACGAUACAUCGCCUAGUAAUACCUUCUCUCCUAUCGCCCGCUCUAUAUCCGCCCUCUGCUGGUGCACCAGAGAACUUGCUUCAAUUCCUGCAUACUCUUCGUUCCCUGCUUCGACAGUAUCCCAGCCGCCUUACGGCCAUGAUCACACUCCCAUUGGAGCUGUAUGAUCGCUCGUCCGCCCUCGUCCGCUGGGCCGAGACCCUUUCGGAUGGCGUGCUCGAACUUACUCCCUUUCCACACCUAAUGGAUGCUGCAAAUAGCUUGGCCGAGAGUGGUGGUGCAAGAGCAACGGACGAGCAGCCGCAGGGAAUGCUGAAGCUGCACAAGCUACCAGUGACGACUGAGCGUGGUGGAGGGGGUGCGGCUGCUGGUGUUGGCGAUGAUUUGGCAUUCACCGUCAGCAGAAGACGUUUCGUCAUCAAACCUUUCAGUUUGCCGCCAGCAGAAGGAGAUACCGAGGCUCAGCAGGGUAAUGCUGAGGGAGGUGCACUGGGCAAGGCCACCAAGGUCGACAUAGAGUUUUAG